CAAUAUGAACGCGAUGCGCAGAAUGGACGCAAUGCACAUAGCGUCUAUUCUAACGAUAAAAGUGAGUCUCUAAGUGUUUUAUUGACACGGGAAUCGGAAUUCGUCAAUAAACGAAGGGCGUGAAAGUGAGCAGUGUCACUUCAGAGGUUACUCAAAGUUGCACAAUCGUCAACAAAGUAAUACCGGUAGUUACCGAACUCGAAGUACAACAUCGACGUGACGUGCGCUUACAUGUGAUUCCCGGUGUCCUCAACAGCUCAUCAUCAUGGCAUCAUCAGUGUCCGGUCCUAAGGAGGAUCUGUGUGACCUUCAUCUGGAGGAUGGAGCUCAGCAUCGCAACCCUUCAGAAGUGAAGAUGAGCCAGAUCGUGUUGCCCUGCCAUGCCAACCACUGCGGAGAGCUGAGCGUCGGGCAGCUGCUCAAAUGGAUGGACUGCACAGCAUGUCUGUCUGCCGAGAGACACGCUGGAUGUCCCUGUGUGACAGCGUCUGUUGAUGACAUCUACUUCGAGCACACCAUCGGGGUUGGACAAGUGGUCAACAUUAAAGCCAAAGUCAACAGAGCCUUCAACUCUAGCAUGGAGGUGGGGAUAGAGGUCAGCUGUGAGGACCUUUACAGGGGCCGUCAUUGGAGAGUCUGUCAGGCUUUUGCCACAUUCGUAGCCAGACGCACAGAUGCAAACAAGGUGCAUCUGAAGCAGGUUGUGCCCUGUACACAUCAGGAGCAGCUGGAGCACAGUUUAGCAGCCGAGAGGAGGAGGAUGAGACUCGUUCAUCAUGACACCAUGCAGGACUUGCUCAACAACAAAACCUUCCAGAGAAGCUUCAGUGAGGAGAACCGUGAUAAAGAUGAAGCUGUGCCCACUGAAAGAACAAGAGUGGAAAGUGUAGAGCUGGUACUUCCUCCUCAUGCCAAUCACCAGGUCAACACAUUCGGUGGCCAGAUUAUGGCCUGGAUGGAAAAUGUCGCAACUAUUGCUGCCAGUCGUUUAUGCAAUGCGCACCCUACUCUGAGGGCCAUAGACAUGUUUCACUUCAGAGGCCCUUCUCAGGUUGGAGAUCGGUUGAUUCUGAAAGCCAUUGUCAACAACACCUUCAAGAACAGUAUGGAGGUUGGCGUCUGUGCAGAGGCGUAUAUUGGAGAGGAGCCUCUGAGGCACAUUAACAGCGCAUUCAUGACAUUUGAGGUGCUGGAUGACAAAGGAAGGCCACGUCCACUGCCUCUGAUAAAACCUGAACCUCAGGAGGGACAGAGGAGAUAUCAGGAGGCUCUUGCUAGGAAGAAGAUUCGACUUGAUAGGAAGUACAUCAUCUCAUGUAAGCAGACCGAGGUGCCACUUUCUGUCCCAUGGGACCCCAGUAACCAGGUAUACUUGAGCUACAAUAAUGUGUGGGCCUUGAAAAUGCUCGCAGCCAAAAACAACUGGGACCUCAUCUCAAAGAAGAACCGUGUGAGUCUGUAUACGGUGGAGGAGAGUCAGAGUCUGUGUUUCAAGGUGGAGGCAGAGAUGGAGAUCCCAGCACAGAGGGCCUUCACCCUGCUCUCAGAUCUCAGCCGCAGACAGGAAUGGGACGAACACUAUACUCGAUGUGAACUACUCGUUAAGGUGGAUGAGGAUGAUUUCAUCUAUCGAGUUAUUACUCCUUCAGUCAGUCAAGGAGGAAAAGUUCAGGACUUCAUUUUACUGGCGUCUAGAAGGCCUCCCUGUGAUAGCGGGGAUCCAUAUGUUAUUGCAUUAAGAUCAGUUACUCUCCCCACUCACCCGCCCACAGAGGGGUUCAACAGGGGUGAGGUGGUCUGUGCCGGCUUCACCAUUUAUGAACUGUCACAAGGUGUCUCUAAGAUUUCCUACUACAAUCAGGCUAGUCCAGAAGUGCUGCCGUACAUCUCCACGGACAUUGCAGGCCUCUCCUCCAGUUUCUCCUCAACAUUCCACUCAUGCAGCCAGUACCUGAUGGACAACAUCAUCAGCACACCUGAAAUCACCUCUCCUACAUCAUCAUAACCUUCUCAACUCAUUAGGACACGCCACAGCUCACAUUUCAGUUUAUUUGUUUUUAAAAGCAGAAACAACUAAUGCUUUUCUAGAAUUUUAGUUUUGCACUUCAAGCUACAGUAUGUAACUUGUGGAGCUCUAGUGGAUAGUACAUAAAUUGACAUGCUUCUUAUGCCAUGGUCACGCUAGAGUUUGAGCUUGCGAAAUUCUGUUGUACGGUGCUGCGAAAAGGGGCGGGAUUAAACAAGAUGAUUAGACAUUUAAAAAAGUGAGCGAUUGGUCCAUAUUUUAAAUUUCUGGCUAGAGAGAGGUCAUGUUUUGAUCUUGGAUUUUUUUUCUCACGCAAUCACGUGAUGUGAUUUCGCAGGUCAGAAUUCACCAAGUUUGAACUUUGCAAUGCAGUAAACCGCGAAACUUGUUGCACGAGCUUGUGUUUCCGGUCUGUCGCAUUCACGUGCGUAUGAAUGGAAGUCCAUGGAGGGAAAAGUGCAAUGUGACCAUGGCUUUAAAAACAUGAAGUUUUUAAUCUAUAUUCGGGAGGAGCACACUAAGAUAAUUAACAGGGCUAGUCCAUCCUUAGCAAAACCACCAUCAUCCAAUCAUUUACAAGAAAAAAAUGCUAUUAGUAAUACUAUAAGUGAUAGUCCGAAAAAGAGCAGUCAGUGAGUGAUUAAAAACCAGUGACUAAAACCAGCGUUUUCAAAAUGCUUAGUUUUCACAGAUCAAAGAAGUUGGAGUAGUGUUGACAGUAGAUGUAACCAUAACAAUAUCUGUGUUACAAAAUGAAAAUGGGGGGUGACACGGUGGCUCAGCGGUUAGCACUGUCGCCUCACAGCAAGAAAGUUGCUGGUUCAAGUCCCAUUCCCAUUGCAUGUUCUUCCCAUGUUCACAUGGGUUUCCUAUAGGUGCUCCUGUUUCACCCACAGUUCAAAGACAUGCAGUAUCUGUGAAUUGAAUAAACUAAAUUGGCCAUAGUCUAUGAGCGCGUGUGUGAAUGAGUGUGUUUGGAUGUUUCCCAGUGCUGGGUUGCAGCUGGAAGGGCAUCCGCUGUGUAAAACAUAUGCUGGAUAAAUUGGUGGUUCAUUCCGUUGUGGUGACUCCUGAUGAAAAAAGGGACUAAGCCGACAAGAAAAUGAAUGAAUAAAUGAAUAAAACGAAAAUGCACUAGUCUAAACAGCACCUCUGUUUGUGGAUACUAGAGUAUUACAACAUUUAUGAUAGGCCCACCAUAGUCAUUCAGGAUAAGAAAUAUACAUUAGCGCUUAAAGUUAUAAACUGCAGCUUUAAGUCCAUUAUCAAUAUUAGUGAUGGUAUUCAAAAUCGCUCCAUUUCUUUUAAAAUACCAUGUUUGUAUGAUGUAUGUUUUUGCCAGAGUGUGCUUGAAUUUAAUAGGCUGAGAAAGAAUGACUAAUAAUAAUGAGAAAUAAUACAUAGAAAAAGUGAAUCGGGUGCAUUUCCUAUAACAUUUUCCUCAAAUAAAACCAGUAAAACUAGUGGGAAUUAUUUUGUAAACACAUCGUUCAAAUGGUUUACUCAUUUACUAAAUCUGUCUCAAAGGGCUAUUACGGAAACUUUGCAUUACAUUACAUGCUUUUAAUAAUUGGUCUAAUUCCUUUAAUAAUGAGAUUGCAUUUGGUACCCUUACAAAAGUAAAUAACCGCUUUAUAUGAUUUCAUCAGCUAAAGCAAAGCAAGAUAAUUAAUAUACAAUGCUUUCUGUGAAAUGUCAAUAAAAGGUACUUAAGUAACAAAUACCUAAUUUACAUCAUUAAAAUUAAGUCCUAAAAUAAGGAAUAAACAUAGAAAUUGCUAUGAAAAUGUAUAAGGCAGGUUGGUAUUACAAUGCAAACUGUACUACUUUGUAAAUUCAAACAUUGGGAUCCAUCAUAUGUUUACAUCAAAGAAGUAAAUUUUAGUUUUAUAACACUAACAUGUUCGUCUUUUCCUUGUCUCCUAUAGCAGUAUUAUUUUUGCUGCAGGGAUGUAUACAAAAAUGACCGUUUAAUUUACAAUUAAAAAAAUCUAAUCAAAAUCAAACUUUGUUCCUGGAGGGAUACAGCUUGAAGCUGCGGUCACACCAGAGUUUGUGUGUGCGAAAUUCUGUCGUGCAGCGCUGCAAAAAGGGGCGGGAUUAAACAAGAUGAUUAGACAUUAAAAAAGAGAGAUAAGCUGCGAUCACACUUGACUUUUCCUCCCAUGGACUUCCAUUCAUACGCACGCUAAUGCGUCAGACCGGAAACGCAAGGUCAUGCGUCAAGUUUUGCAGUUCGCUGCGGUGCAAAGUGCAAAGCUCUGACCUGCAAAAUCGCAUCACUUGACUGCGUGAGACCCAUCGAGGAUCAAAACAGGACCUCUCUGGACAGAAUUUUAAAGCAUGGAGCAAUCACUCGCUUUUUUUAUGUCUAAUCAUCUUGUUUAAUCCCGCCCAUUUUCGCAGCGCCGCACGACAGAAUUUCGCACACACAAAGCCCGGUGUGACAGUAGCUUUAGUCUGAGGGCAAGACAAUUCAAGGUACAAAUGAGAUUAAUACCAAGACAAAAACAAGACGCUCAGAAAAGGAGUUGAGUAUUACAGCAGGUAAUACAUCUUUAUUUCUAGAGAAAUGUUUACAAUGUAUAAGGUGUCAAAGCUGCUUAACAUAGACGAUGAAAAUGGAAUAAAAAGCUCUAACAAUAUUUCAGAUUGUGAAAUGUUUCAGCAUGUCAAGCAUGCUCUUCAUAUGUGAUUACUCCUUUAGCUUGGUUUGGUUAUUGACAAUUUGACACAAUCCAGGAUAGUUUCGUUCUUCAGCAUUAAUAUUAGUUAACAUGAAUAUUAAUCAAAUGAUGUCAUUCCACUGUUGGCCUUCAGCCAAUCAUUGCAUUGCUGAUCAAGAUUUCAAGAAUCAAUAGAUUUGUCCUUCACAAUAAUCACAAUGACAUGCAGUUAUCUCAGAUCAGUUCAUUUAGACAUUUUAAUCUGAUUUGCAAACUUGUUUGAAGAACCAAAUUAACCAGAGAUCAGAUAUCAAGAUUAACAGAUCCAGGAUCUGCCAUGUGAUUUCCAGGAUCUGCCUCAGGAGAAUAAUGUAGAAUGCUGAUGUAUUUCAAGCUAAAUUAAAAAUGUUUCAGGUCACUUUAAUAGAAACACUGUUGAACAUCAAUUUAUUUUAGCAUAAUGCAAAUGUCCCUUCUUAUGUCCCAACCAAAAAAGCCAGAGUCGACAGUGGCAAGGAACCAAAAUGCCACCAAUUAACAGAAGUGAAGAACAAAGCUUCAGAGAAACCAAACCAGUUCUUCUCUGGCCAAACGACAUGAGCAGAGCUGCAGACUGGAGGUUUGAGAACAAUGAGCAUCAGCAAUGGAAAAAGUUGGGUGUUCAGACUAGCUGAUAGGAUCAAUCCAAAGACUCUAACUGUAAGUUCUUGUGCUUUCGACUUAUCAACUACCAUGACAGACAUCUGCCUGAGUUAUAGGCCAGAUCGACGAUUAUAUGAACAUCGGGAUACGGAGAAACAGGCUAACAUCAGAGAAGAUGCCAUUCAAAUGACAGUGUCUUUUUGGGAAGCAUUCCCAUCUUCGAUUACCCUGACUAAUAGACUAACAAGAGCAGUGCUUCUCAACCAUGUUCCUGCAGCUCUGCACAUUUUCCUUGUCUCCUUAACCAAACACACCUGAUUCAGAUAAUCAGCUCUUUAGCAGAGACUGAAAGAGCUGUAAUGGGUGUGAAAGACAAAGGAGACAUCCAAAACAUGCAGUGCUGGUGGUCCUCCAGGAACGUGGUUGAGAAACACUGCUAUAGAGGAUUGUAUUUCACAGUUACACCUUAGUGUUAUAUGUGUAUGUUAGUGCAAAGAGAUGUGUGUUUAGUCUAGCUUAAACGGACAGAGUGUGUCUGCUUCCCGCACUGUCUAGGAAGGCUGUAGUACAUAUACUGCAUCUUGUCCAUGGAGUCUUUAAACCACAUAAUCAGAGAAUAUAAUUCUGCAAUGUCA